AUGCAAGAGGAGAAAUUACGAAAAGGGCCUUGGCUCGACGAGGAAGACGAGAGACUAGCGUAUGUUAUCGCCAUUCUAGGCGAACGUCGUUGGGAUGCCUUAGCAAAAGCUUCAGGGCUGAGAAGGAGUGGAAAGAGCUGUAGAUUGAGAUGGAUGAACUACCUUCGACCUAACUUAAAACAUGGUCAUAUCACUCAAGAUGAAGAACAUCUAAUUGUUAAACUUCAGAAACAAUUAGGAAACAAAUGGUCAAAGAUCGCUAAACAUUUGCCCGGAAGAACGGAUAAUGAAAUAAAGAAUUAUUGGAGAAGUCAUUUGAGAAAGAAAGCACUUGUUUAUGAACAAGAAUGCUUUGGAAGCAACAGUAAUUCAGAACAAAUAUCAGCAUUUGGGAAAGAUGAUGAUGAAUCCUCAAGAUUAUUGGAUUGGAUAAUACCUAAUUUCUCUGAGUGGGAGCCACCACGGCUAGUGGUGGACUUCCUUGGCCUUUUAUGGCAGGCCAACCCACCACGGCACCCACCACGGCUAGCGAUGAGGACCACGGCUUGUGGUGAGACCCUUGGUGGUUUUCUUGGCCAUGUUGCUCUUGCGUUGGCCAUGUUGCUCUUGCCUUGGCUCCUGGUGGUUGCCUUGCCCAUGUCAAAUCUUUCCUUGGCAUUUUUAUGGCUGGCCACACCACCACGGUGUCCACCACGGCCAGUGGUGAGGACCACGGCUUGUGGUGAGGCUUUCUUGCUGUGA